AUGGGCGGUUUUUUUGACUUGGAAGACCUUGGAAUUGAGGAUGGUGCAUACAUUGAAAAAGUUAGUGAGAAUGCGGUUGAUUAUACAGAAUUUUUUACAACCACUACAAUGUUUGCUACUCGAAGGAAAAUGCUUGAUUGGGUGAUUGAAGUGGGUAAAAUGCAUAAUAUUGUUAUUAUCAUUGCUCGGACUGAAGGUGGAGAUGGUCUUGGUUUUGGAACGGCGAAAACUACCCUUACUUGUGAGAGAGCUGGAAAAUAUAGGCUUAGUAAGUCAAAAGUUGCAAUAGAUGUGGAAAAAUUUACUGGAACAAAAAAGAUGUCGUGUCCCUUUAGACUUCAAGCAAAGGAGCAUGUUGGUGGCGGAUGGAGUGUAAAUUUAUCGUGGGUAAAGACUAUCCUUGUUGGUUCUUUAAUCCUUCCUGAAACCCCCAACUCCCUCAUUGAACAAGGCAAACCCGAUGAAGCUAAGAAACAGUUGUUAAAAAUUCGAGGGGUUGACAAUGUUGACGCCGAAUUCCAAGACCUAGUUACAGCUAGUGACGCCUCCAAGAAAGUGGAAGACCCUUGGAAAAGUCUCUUAAAAGACAGACAAUAUCGACCUCCUCUCAUUUUUGCCUUUUUUAUUCUAAUGUUUCAACAACUUACCGGGAUCAAUGUGAUCAUGUUCUACGCACCGGUUUUGUUUAAAACAAUUGGAUUUGCAAAUGACGCAUCUCUCAUGUCCGUUGUUAUUACGGGUGGCGUUAACGUUGUUGCUACUUUGGUCUCCAUUUACGGUGUUGAUAAGUGGGGAAGGCGAUCUCUUUUCCUUCAGGGUGGCAUUCAAAUGCUCAUUCUCCAGGGGAUGCAACAAAUUUGCCACAAUGCUGGAUUCGCAUGGUCAUGGGGACCUCUAGGGUGGCUGGUCCCUAGUGAAAUCUUCCCUCUCGAAGUUCGAUCUGCUGCACAGAGUAUCAACGUAUCAGUUAACAUGAUAUUCACCUUUAUAAUAGCUCAAGCUUUCCUCCCAAUGUUAUGUGCCUUAAAGUUUGGACUCUUCAUCUUCUUCGCCUUCUUCGUCGUGAUUAUGACUAUAUUCAUCUACUUCUUGUUGCCUGAAACCAAGAAUGUUCCUAUUGAAGAGAUGAAUCUUGUCUGGAAGAACCACAAGUUUUGGGGCCAUUUCAUUCCUGAGGAUGUUGUUACUCCUGAGAUGCCCGUGCUUAAGGCAUAA